CGGUUACAUGACGACGACGGCGUUAAUACAAAAAGAUAGAAGGAAAACAGGGAAAUACCUUUUCUCUGCGAGGACACUGGGACUGCAGUACAACACCGCCACAUUCGUGCUAGUGUAUCUGCUCAUGUGGCUACAAAAUCAACGGUCGACACCGAGCCACUGUGGUCGGAUAACGUAUAACCGGUGAUAGCUUGGACAUAUUUGGGGAGUUAUUGUUCUUCGCCUGCUCCCUCCAGCUAACUGCUAUUUUUGCGCUGCUAGCGUUAGCUAACACUGGAUGCCAACACUCCUUGUGCUCUUCGGUCUCCAUUAUUAAGACGCGGGUAGAAGAAACAGGAGACGGCGCCGUUAGUCCGUUCAGUUUGCAGCGGGACUCCAUCAACGCUUAUUCGAGCUCGUUGACAUUAGUUGGGCGACAAGAAUGGCAACAUCGGCUCUGUACGCCUGUACGAAGUGUAACCAGCGGUAUCCUUUCGAGGAGCUGUCGCAGGGCCAGCAGCUGUGCAAGGAGUGUCGCAUCGCACACCCAAUUGUGAAGUGCACAUACUGCAGAUCUGAAUUUCAGCAGGAAAGCAAAACCAAUACAAUCUGCAAGAAAUGCGCCCAGAAUGUCAAACAGUUUGGAACUCCCAAACCCUGCCAGUACUGUAAUAUCAUUGCAGCGUUUAUUGGGACAAAGUGCCAGCGUUGUACCAACUCAGAGAAGAAAUAUGGACCUCCACAGACCUGUGAGCAGUGCAAACAGCAGUGCGCUUUUGACCGCAAGGAGGAAGGCAGGAGAAAGGUGGAUGGGAAGCUGCUGUGCUGGCUCUGCACUCUAUCUUACCGCCGUGUCCUGCAGAAAACCAAGGAGCAGAGGAAGGGCUUUGGCUCUUCCAACUCCUCAUCCUUGAAUGAGAAAGACCACCACUCCAGACCUCACCAUCAUCACCACCACCACCACCACCCACACAGACACAGCGGUUCUCACCACAAACUAAGUGGGAGCUUGAGCCCUGAGCAGGAGCAGGGAAUGUGGAAGCAGAGCCAUAAAUCGUCUUCAAUCCAGAAGGAGACUCCAAAGAAGAAACCAAAACUGGAGAUGAAGCCAUCGAAUGGGGACAGUAGUUCCAUCACUCAGUCGAUGGAUUCUGGUGGAACGGACAACUUCAUUCUCAUCAGCCAGCUGAAAGAGGAAGUGAUGUCACUUAAGCGUCUUCUACAGCAAAGGGAUCAGACUAUCCUGGAGAAGGACCGAAAGCUCACAGAGAUCAAAGCAGACUUUCAGUAUCAGGAAACCAACAUGAGAGUAAAGAUGAACCAAAUGGAGAAAUCACACAAAGAGUCUAUGGAGCAUCAGCAGUCCAAGAACAGGGAGUUGAUGAAACAAGUGGCUGCUCUGUCUAAAGGAAAAAAGUUUGACCGGUCAGGAAGUUCACUGCUGUUACCCUAACAAUAGGUUUACCAGCAAGUAACAACACGGAGCGGCUUCAUUGUUGUAACACUGUGAAAGUCUCCGUCCUGUGUUUCCUCAUUGCCAUCAGCUUAAUCGGUAAAGCCAGAGACCAUGUUGUACAUGGAAAUCAAUUGCUGAAUCACAAAAACUUUUCUCUAAAUGUCAACAUAUUUUAGAUAUCUUAUGGUGACUUUUCUCCUGGAUCGUAAGAUGUGACAUGAGAUGGAGAGGAGGAUGGAGCUCAUUUUUAAACACUGCCGGGCCAAAACAAACACCACGGUGUGCAUAAGUGGAUCACAUUCUGUCAACUCAGUGUGUCCACUUAAUUUUUAAAGGAUAUCAUGCAAUUUAUUUAUUCAAGUGUAUUUCUAGCUUUUUUAUUUCCUCACAACAUACUAAGAGACUAUCCUACAUUUUGGGGUUUUCUUCAAUAGCAAUUAGUUAUAUUUUUCUAAAUGGAUGCGAUUUGUGGAAGACGGGUUCUCCUUCAUAGAGACCCUGUGCAACUUUAUAAUUUAUGCAAACAAGGAAAAAAAAAAAAUGUAACCAGUGACCACUGAGCUGCUGCUCAACAACACAAGAGCUGUCUCAGUAAGUUUUCACAAAAACCAAUGAACACUUUGAAAGACUGUCUGAUAAAGAGACACCUCUUGGCUGCCCUCUUACUCACCGUGUGACAGCUUUAGUGCUUUGUUGUUUCUCUUUAGUGGAACGAUUGUAAUACUGCAUGAUUUUACUGCCAGAUACCAGAUGGCAUUGUGGUCAAACUUAUUUUUUCUCCCCUUUUUAAUUAGUUUUUUUAUGAAUCACUUGUAAAAUGUAUCACUGGGGUCAGCCAUUGUAUUUAAACUAUUGCUUGUAUCUGUUUUAGUGAGUAUAGUAUGUGUAUGGUAAGGCCAGUUGAAAUUAACAUGUCUGUAGAAAAUGCUUUUUAAAGGAACACACCUGUCACCAUGCAUUAUUGGACUGGUUUCAUACUGUGGCAUCCAGGAUCACUUUUGUACUUUUUUCCAAACCAAGUGUUUUAAAACUAUUAAAACUGGCUAAACUGUUA